AUGCCAUUGACUAACUUUACGGUUAGCUGCCACCGAUGCCAUACCCACAAAAUUAAAUGCUCUGGGGAUCAGCCUUGCUCCAAAUGUAUUCAAGUCGGUCAUCAGGAUGAGUGUACAUACUUUUUCCGAGACAGAAAGGUCCGCGUGAGUGAAAAUUAUCUGCAGCAGCUGCAGCAAGAGCUUCGCCAUCUCAAGGAACAUUCUGCGGUCCAGAAGACCGCAGAAAAUCCUUCUGAUGAUGGUGAUGAUGCUGGUCCUUCCUGCCCAGCAGAGACUGCCCAUGAAAGCGACGAAACCAAUGCCAGCAUUCAGCACCACUUCAUAGGCGAGAAGGCUUGGUUUCAUCCAUAUGAUCCAUCUGCACCACCAAUAUAUAUCGGGGAAGCAGCGUGUACGGCAUUUGCUACACGGUUGCGAAGGACCCUUACCAUGUCCAACGCAGCCUCCCACAUCCCAAGAACGCAGUAUGUCAACGAGACGACCAUCGCUUCAGCAAUGGAAGCAGAAGUCCAAUGGCCGAGCUUACAGCAGUCUCGGCUCCUGGUCAAAAUAGCUAUGCUUCAUGUGGGCCGCCUUUACCAUAUGUUUUUAUAUAAAUCGACGCUAGACAAAUUGGAAGAGAUAUACCGGGAUGGAAGCUUUUAUUGUCCGGAGAACAGAGCUAAAUAUUUUGCGCUUUUUGCCUUUGGCGAGGCCUAUUCAGUCAGGCAAGGGCUAUCAACCGAGUCGGUUCCCGGAACUACAUACUUUGCAAAAGCGUUGAACUUGAUUCAGAUCGUACCAGAACGGCCAAGUAUGACUCAUUUAGAAACUCUCUUGCUGCUUUCCUUAUUCUCCUAUUUUCUAAAUCGACGUCACUCAGCCUGCGUUUUAAGUGGCAAUGCGAUGCGCCUAAGCCUGAACAUUGGUUUAAAUCACAACAUACCAGAGUCCCAACUAAUCGACCCAGUUGAAAGACAGCAUCGCAUUCGUAUAUGGUGGACUAUAUAUAUAUUCGACCACAUGUGGAGCUCAAAAAUGGGAUUGCCCAUGCAGAUUUCAGAUGAUGACAUCCACAUUGAUAUGCCUUUCGAUAUCGUGCCAGCUGAAGUCCAUAAUGAACAGUUUACCGAUACUGGGUAUAUGGUUGCUAAUAUAAAACUUGCUAGAAUAGCCGGGGAUAUUAUCACGAAAUUAUACAGUCGGAAGAAAUAUAAGGAGACAUUUCUUCAACGUGUGCAAGGCCUUUUAAAGGCCUUGAGGAAUUGGGUGCAGACCUUAACCGAGCAUCUCAGGUUGAAUCCUGAUCCGGAGUCAAACAAAAAGCACAUUAUAUCCUUGCACUUAUCAUUUAAUCAAUGUGUCAUACUCACAACACGACCCACCAUGCUACACAUCUUGAACAAGAUUAACGAAAACGAGCCUCCUCAUACCCGUGACUACAGUAAUAGAAAUGGUGAAUCGGAUAUUUCUCACGCCGUUCUGACUCUCAGCGAGGCAUGUAUUCACGCUGCUCGCCAUUCCCACUCUAUCAUUCUCGAGAAAUGGAUUAACGGCUCCUUGCCUGUCUUUGGGUAUUUUCAUGCGCAGUAUCUUUUCUCUUCGGCAAUGAUUCUAGCAGUUUCUAGCCUUAUCUCGAACGAGAACACAGCCGAUAGAGAUUCAUUCGAAACUGCACUAAGACUCCUACAUGCAAUGAAGGGAAAUGGGAAUCUUACUGCGGCUGAAUUCUAUCCUCAUCUGAAUCAGAUUAAGAUCUGCCUGGAUAGUCGUGUUGAGAAUAACAGGGCUGAUGAAGAAAGUCUUGGGAAUAGAGCCGCUAUUGGGCCCGACGUUAUUCCACCGGCUUCCUCAAUAUUACAAGGAUCUGACAAUGAUCCGGACGUCUCUUUAAACAAUGCUCAACACUUGAUAGGUGACAUUUCAAGUGGCUAUACUACUGAAAUGGCUUUCUUAGAACCCACAAUGGAAAACUUUCUAGCUCAGUCAGAUUUGGCUCUCGGGUUACCACACGCAGUGGACUCUUUUAUGAAUGAUGCAGAGUCAUUAUAUACAUAUAUAACGCCUACAAUGUUGUCGGAAUGA